AUGACACUAUCUUUCACUUGCAGGAGUGUUGGGGACCGCUUCGGUGUGGUAAAGUCUACGGUCUUCCAUUGCGUUCGGAGGGUUGGUUCGGCUCUCUUGGACAUGGCACGUCUCUUCGUUGCCUGGCCUAGCAACUGUCACGAUGCGUUACCCAUCAUACUUGGCUUCCCGGGUAAAUCUCGGUUUCCUAAGGUCCUGGGAGCAAUUGAAGGGUCGCAUAUAGAAAUUACUGCACCUAAGGAGAACGCUUCCUCGUACGUCAACAGGAAGGGUUUUCACUCUGUGGUGCUACAGGCAGUUUGUGAUCAUGAGAUGAGGUUCCUGCACUGUUCAGUUGGUGAGGCAGGCUCAGUGCAUGAUGCACGCGUGCUUCGCCGUUCUGAGGUGUAUGGAAUGCUCAACUCAGAUCACUUCCCACUGGACAGUUAUCUAGUGGGAGAUGCUGCCUAUCCCAUUGGCCCACAUCUCUUGACGCCAUACAGAGACAAUGGUCACUUGACAGUCAAGGAAAGGAGGCACAAUGUGCAUCUUUCUAGGGCAAGGGUAACUAUCGAGAGGGCAUUCGGACUGCUGAAGGGUCGGUUCCGAAGGCUCUUUCGUGUGGAAACCCGACGACCAGACAUAAUUGUCACCAUCAUCAUUGUGGCAUGUAUUUUUCAUAAUGCUUGCCUGAUGUGGGGUGAUACAUUUGAGGAGCCACCAGUUGCUGACAGGCAGGAUGAGACGAGUGUCCCAGAGGACGAAACCCCUGCCGACGUAAGGAGGAUUGGCAUCCAGAAACGCGAGGAUAUUGCAAACCCUUGUGAAAAAUUAUUUGGUCAGCCAAUAGACAAGCCAUGGACAAAGCGUCCAUUGAAGCUAUAG